CGGAGAGUCGCGUGCAUCUGUGUGGCUUUAACAGAGCAGCUCGUGCUCUCCCGCCAUUUCCUCUUCUGAUUCGGGAAUGUCGAGCAGCGGCUCGAGCUCGUCCUCGCGGAAGGAGUUCGACGUGAAGCAGAUUCUCCGGAUCCGAUGGAGGUGGUUCGGCCACACCGCGCUCUCUCCCACCCACUCCCCGCCACUGGAGCACUUCGCCGGGAGGAGAACGGGCGGUAGCCCCGGAGACAGAGCGUCUGUAAGCGGCUGUAGCAGCUCUGCCUCUGUUGGCAUCAGCGGUCCUAGCGGUCUGGUAACCAGCGGCAGUGCCGGGUCUAACCUGUGCCACGGGAGUACUAACAGAAAGUUUGGAGAAGCUGCGGGGAGUCGCACCGGAGCUGGAGCAGGGAGCUGUCCCCGCUCUCUGAGCCAGCCCGAGUGCAGAAGCUCUUCCGCGGCUCUUUCGUGGGACUCUCCGCCGCCACACCGUCGCCCUCGUCCGCUCUCGUGCAUGGAGGCAUCGGGAGAUCUGCCCCCGGAGCCCUCCGCCCAGGUCGGGCUGGAAGAGGAGCCCGUGUCUGCGGGUCCAGCAGCUGCGGGCACCGAGGACAACAACAACAACCCUGCGGAGACGGACUCCAGCUCGUGCAGGACGUCGAACAGCAGCGUCACACUGUCCUCCUGUGUGUCCAUGGAGCCAUGUGCGUGUCCGGAGGAGAGCCUGUUCACCGCCCUGUCCCACGCCGACGUCACCUUCCGCAAGAUGGAGGGCUACCUGCGCUCCCGCCAGCUCUGUGACGUCAUCCUGGUGGCAGGAGAGAGGCGGAUACCUGCGCACAGACUCGUCCUUUCGUCUGUGUCCGACUACUUUGCUGCCAUGUUCACCAGCGACGUGCGUGAGGCCAAGCAGGAUGAAGUCAAGCUGGAGGGCGUGGACCCUGAUGCAUUGUGGGUCCUGGUGCAGUAUGCUUACACAGGGCGUCUUGAGCUGAGAGAGGACACCAUUGAGUCUCUGCUGUCUGCCUCGUGUCUGUUGCAGUUGUCCUCUGUGGUUCAGGCCUGUUGCUCUUUCCUCAUGAAACAGCUCCACCCGUCCAAUUGUCUGGGGAUCCGCUCCUACGCAGACGCUCAGGGCUGCCACGACCUGCACAGGGCUGCCCAUAACUACACCAUGGAACACUUUUUGGACGUGGUGGGGGGUCAGGAGUUUCUGCUGCUGCCCGUGGAGGAGAUGGUGAGGCUGCUCACUUCAGAUGACAUUAAUGUGCCUGAUGAGGAGACUGUGGUGAACUCUCUUCUGACCUGGGUCCGCCAUGAUGCCUCCGGCCGACAGCGCCAUCUACCUUCUCUGCUGGCACACAUCCGACUGCCCCUGCUUCAGCCACAGUUCUUAGCAGAUCUGGAGUCAAACCCUCUGCUCCGGGACAGUGUGGAGUGCCAGCGUUUGUUGAUGGAGGGGAUGAAGUAUCACCUCUUGCCUCAGAGAAGACCCUUACUGCAAAGCUCCAGAACUCGACCACGCAAGGCCACUGUGGGGGCCAUGUUUGCAGUGGGGGGCAUGGACGCCACAAAAGGUGCUACAAGUAUUGAGCAGUACUGUCUGCGGCGGAAUACAUGGAGGCAGGUGGCCACCAUGAGCGGGCGCAGACUGCAGUUUGGGGUGGCGGUGUUGGACGGGCGCCUGUAUGUAGUGGGGGGUCGAGACGGACUCAAGACUCUCAACACUGUGGAGUGCUAUAAUCCUCACAGCAAAACAUGGAGUGUCAUGCCCCCAAUGUCCACGCACAGGCAUGGCUUAGGUGUAGCUGUCUUAGAGGGGCCCAUGUAUGCAAUAGGGGGUCAUGAUGGCUGGAGCUACUUAAGCACAGUAGAGAGGUGGGAUCCCCAAGCUCGACAGUGGAGUUUUGUUGCAAGUAUGUCUACCCCCCGGAGUACUGUAGGAGUGGCUGUUCUGAAUGGCAAGUUGUACGCAGUGGGAGGUCGUGAUGGUUCCUCUUGUCUGCGUUCAGUUGAGUGCUUUGACCCUCACACCAACAGAUGGACUAGCUGUGCGCCCAUGGCUAAACGGCGAGGUGGGGUGGGCGUGGCCACGUGGCACGGUUUCCUCUAUGCUAUUGGUGGCCAUGAUGCUCCUGCCUCAUCUCUGGCCUCGAGGCUCAGUGACUGUGUGGAAAGGUAUGAUCCUCAGACAGAUAUGUGGACGGCUGUAGCCCCUAUGAGUAUCAGCAGAGACGCUGUUGGCGUGUGUCUCCUUGGAGACCGGCUCUUCGCAGUUGGUGGCUAUGAUGGACAGGUCUACCUGAACACUGUGGAGGCUUAUGACCCUCAGACAAAUGAAUGGACACAGGUGGCUCCUCUGUGCCUGGGCAGAGCCGGUGCUUGUGUGGUGACAGUCAGACUCUGACACAUGUCCAUGCUUGACCAUCGGAGGACUAUUGCCAUAGCUUGAAAUCCAUGAAUAGAAAACAUUAAAAAGGGGGCAGUUUUUUUCAUACAGGUUUUUUUUGUUGUUAUUUUUAAGAGAUAAAGUCCCAAAACAGCUGGCUGCAGAUUUUCAUUCACCCACAAGUUAUGCCUCCAUUCUGCAUUUAUUGGGGCUAACAAAUGGAUGAGACUAAUUAUUAAGAAGAACGGUGAGAUCAUUUUUAUGUUAAGGUUUCUUAAACAUCAUAAAAACACAUCUGACAUUAAAAGUUUACAUCUUCUCAUCUAUUUAUAUUGCACCUAUUAAGUUAUGCUGCAUUUGGCCUGCCCUGCUGUGCUUCCUCGUUCCCUUGACAGGAGAGAGAAGAGCUCUGACAUAAUCAGGACAACCUUGUGAACUGCCAAGCCCUUAUCCUUAUGUGCACAUGUCAUAUUAUUCAGACAUGCCCAUUGCAUCAAAGUGUGAGAAUAUUUUAUUACUCUUCUGCAACUACUGCAGGCUUUACAUGAUUACAUACACUGCAAUGGUCAGUUGAGCUACUGUAUCUCCCUACCUCUUUCGCCUCAUGCUUUUUCCAUCACCAUGCAAAGUGCUCAAUUUUGGAACAUCAAUCUAUUAUGGUAAUAUAUUACAUGAUUUUAGCUGGUAUCAGUAUUAAACUUGAAUUUUAUGACUCUUGUAUAGUAUAAACUCUUAAAUCUUGUCUUGUAUAGAUGUGUUUAAAUAUGUUUUUGCAUUCAUUUUUGUUUGUCCCCUGACUCCUGACUAAAGAAAGCAAAGAGGGCAUCCUGUCUGAGCAGCCCUCAAAAUGCACAUUUACAUGCACACAAACUGUUUGAAGUUUAUGUGGGGUCUAAAUCAAAUACAGAAGUUUAGAAGUAUGCAGUGAGAAAACAUUCCGAUUGAAAUCCUUUAUGAAUGUAUGUGCAUUUUGUAAAUAUGAUGUUCUCUGUUGUUUUUGUACAUAAAUGUGUUUAUUUGGCUAUAAGCCAUUAUGUUUUGUACCAUAUAAUCAAAAAGCAGAAAUGUUACUUAUGCCUUUUGUAUCAUACAUUGUAAUGCCUUCUAUUGUACAUUAUAUAUACCAUUAUUGAAUUUUUGUACAUUCAAAUCAAUAUGAGAUAUAAUAAGGUAAUGAUUUCUGUUUGACAGCGUAACUGUGUUGCAUUUAAAUCAUGUUUAUGACACUACAUUUUUCACUAAAUCA